UUUUGCCAGGGCCCUACGACUAUUUCAGAGUUUCUACGCAUCUCUAUCUUCACCGCCAGAUUGACACUGAUCCAUUGACACUACAGCUGCUCUUUUCCACCACAAAUCAUGUCAUAUCCCGCGCCGUCGAUGUUGAACGAAAAUAGCUCGGACGACUCCCUCGGAAUCGUCUUUGACAGCUACGGAAACGUCGCCUACAGUAAGGAGCUACUCGUAGACGACCUUGAGCUGCUUCCAGACCCGCCUCUGAGCCCCGUGCCCGAACGACUCCAUAUUUCCUCGCGGUUGUCGUCGAUGGGCUCGGCGGACCACCUCGUACAAACGUUGCCAUCGACGCCGACGCAGCGGUCGCCGCGCCCGCCCUAUAAAGCCGCCUCAAGCCUGCAUUUGAACGAAAACGAGCCGUUGGAGUCGUCUGACGAAUGGGUUAACAGGGGUGCGGCCGAGGCUACCCGAAUCCAGGACGGCACCGCCUCGACCAUCCGCCGCACGGUCAAGGACUUUGCGUUCGGCGACUCGCUUGGCGAGGGCUCGUACUCUACAGUGGUGCUCGCAACCGAUAAGCACAGCCAGAAGAAGUAUGCGGUAAAAACUCUCGACAAGCGUCACAUCAUCAAAGAAAAGAAGGUCAAGUACGUGAAUAUCGAGAAGAACGCGUUGAAUCGCUUGGGGCAGCGCGACGGGAUUGUCCAUCUCUUUUUCACCUUCCAGGACGAACAGUCGUUGUACUUCGUGUUGGAAUAUGCGCCGCACGGAGAGCUCCUCGGAUUGGUCAAGAAGUACGGUUCGCUCAAUGAGGAUGUUGUGCGCCACUUCGGCGCUCAGAUGGUGGACGCAAUCAAGUAUAUGCACGACCAGGGAAUAGUCCACCGCGAUAUCAAGCCGGAGAAUAUCUUGCUCGACGACCGGAUGCGCAUCACCAUCACAGACUUUGGGACCGCCAAGAUGCUCGAAAGGGAGGGGGCAAAGUACCCCGCCGAUUGCAAAGCCACGUCGUUCGUGGGUACCGCGGAAUAUGUUUCCCCCGAGUUGUUGAACGACAAAUACACAGGCAAGUCCGCCGACUUGUGGGCGUUCGCGUGUAUCGUCUUCCAGAUGAUCGCGGGGAAGCCGCCGUUCAAGGCCACCAACGAGUACCUCACGUUUCAAAAGAUCAUGAAGUUGCAAUACGCAUUCACCGCCGGGUUUCCGUUGGUUGUCAGGGACUUGGUCAAGAAUCUCCUCAGACUCAAGCCUCAGGACCGCUUGACCGUCCGCGGCAUCCAGAACCACUACUUCUUCGCCGAUAUCGACUGGAAGGACCACGACGCGGUGUGGAAUCGGCCAGUACCGGAGCUAGGCCCGUACAAGGUCAAUCCCAAAUCCAUGAUGCCCAUCCCUGAGUUGAGCAAGCCGAAACCACGGGUUUAUACCCGGAAAUCCGCCUCCACCACCCCGAGAAUAGCUAGCGGUGAGUUUGAGGACCGUCCUACCACUAGUCGGGCCCCUUCCGCUCCGCUGGUGGUAGAAGAGCGCUCUGGUUCGCCUAAAAUCGGGACUGCCAGCUCUUCCAAGCUGGGGGCUGGGGGCUCUCCCGGCCUUGUGGCUGCUCCUUUGGCAACAGGUGCCGCUGCCGCGGCGUCUGUCGCGUUGUCGCGCAAGCCAGCCGAUAUCAUUGCCAAAAUGCCCAAUAAAACUCUGUCGGACAAGCUCAAUGAAAAGCCACUGGCGUCAAGACAGGGGCUGUACCGCUCCAAACUGGAAUACAUCCCCGGCACCAACAUCCUCCGUCCGCAGGCGAUGCAGAUCAAGCAUCCGUCGGCACGCCGCAGCACAAGCAACAGGUCGUCACUCAACUCACAUGUUCCAGCCAAAGCCCCCGAGGUGCCGCAGAUGUCCGCCUUGGACUUGCAGUGGUCGGACUACUUUCGCAGCCACGAUGAACGCGUGUUGAAGGUGAGCAGCGUGCUCAUGACACAGACCACCGUGGAUGCCUUCGAAAAGCGCUACAAGGGCUGCCUCGCCGACAGUCCGUUGGGGUAUCGCGCGGGCUCGUCCAGCUCCAGCUUGUUGACGCAGGUGGUGCACGGCAAUGUCAACGGUUUGCGCAACAUGAAGAACGGGCUGGGCCUGAGCGGGCUGGUAGAUGCAGACGAAAGCGAGGCGAUCUUACUCAAUAACGCGGAGGAGGCUCCCACCAGCUCCACGUCAGACGACUCACACAAGAGUGCCAGCUCCCGUUUCAAGAAGAUGUUCCUGGCUUCCCACACCGCUGCAACCCCUUCGGUCCAGCAGGGCACGCUGGAACCUCGCCAGAGACGGAUGCUUUUGAUAACCACAUUGGGCAGAGCCUUGCUCUUGAGCACCAAGUACGAUGCCCACCACGAUUCCCGCCACGAGUUGCGAACCGAGCUCAGCUUGGUGCACCCUUCGAUCAGGUUCAAGGAAGUGGUGGCAGACAGAAAGCCCUCCAAGGCGCAGAACAUCGGCAUUUUCGGUAUCGAGUGCUACAAGACCUGUUUCAUGUUUGAGGUAGAUAAGUUAGACGUGUCCUCCUGUACGACCAGCUUGGCCAAGCUGCGAACCAUGGAAAACGAACGCCAGGUUAGGAUCGCCAUUUCCGACGACAAUCCUGGCGGCGCAGGUACCGCUACAGGCCACCAGGCCGCUAUGGCUGCAGCCCACAGGGCCGUGUCUCCCGACAUGUUGUCCCUGGAAGACAAACCACAAGGGCUACUUGAACCGAUUAACAUCACCCGUGAGACUAACACCCGGAAGUAUACUAAGUCGCAUGCGCGGGUCCCUAGCGGGUCGGGGGACCUGCCACAGCAAGGCACGCUGGAGCGGAUGACCUCUCAGCGAAUGCGCAGCCACCAAUCCAAGCAUUCCGGCACGAAAGUGGAUCUCACCUCCGGCCAGUUGGUGAACGGCCUUCCAGCGUUUUCCUCCUCUCCCCUGACGUCUGGGAAGGCAAACUAUGGUUUGCAGGCCGCGGAGUUGGCAUCUUCGUCUCUGCCGCAUUUCCACGAGGCGAAAAGAUCAAGUUUCACCAAAGACAGCAUCGGAACCGUGCUUUCAGGCAUGAACUCCAGAUUCCGAAAAAGGUAAGUCUAGCUCACGUAUAGAAUUAUAAAAUAUACUGGCAUACCAUGCAUUUUAAAAUAUUUUCCGCAGACCAUUGAUGGUGGCAACUUCCGAGAGCGUAGCGCUAGCUUCCACCCUUUCAGACCCACUGAUAACUAAGAGCUUGCUUGUAGAUUCGUGUCGCCAACGAGAGGCACUAAAUUGGAUGGUCCUAAGCUAAAAUUCCUUGGUAGCUAUGGAAUAGUCCUAGUUAAAGGGCUUGUUUAUAUAAAGCAUGGGUCGCAUGAGCUUUACCCAAUUCAGAUAUAUCUUCCCAUAGAGCACCCAGAUCUCCCCUAAGGAUAUAGUCGCCGCAUUAGUUAACGUGAGCGGUGUAUACAGUGAAAGAGGUGCAUGUUUACGUAGAGGGUACUUUCGGAUCCGGGUUCCUAUGCUCUCUUAUAUC